CGGUCACGGGGAAUCCGUGGGAGCGCAAACUCCGCCCACGCUAUGAACAUCUCCAGCGGCGAGUGCGUGGGGGGGGUUUGCCUCGCGCUCGGAGCUCGGGCUGCAAUGAACACACCACUACAAAACUGCUCCUGACUAUGUAACAGCACUGCAGUUCAGGGGAUAUUCAUGUACCAAGGCUGCGGCAGGUAGGACAACAGUUUAUAUCCUGGUGUGUUUCAUGUAUGCGGGUUGAGGGCAGAGACGCAGCUUUAAGGCAUUCAGCAGCUGAAAAGGUUAAUGCACUGACCAAUAGGAUCACAAGACCUGCCACAGUUACUGAGAGAUGAAUGUUAUCGUCUGAAGGAGAGGGCAGAUGACCUUUGUGGGGAUAUGUAGAUGAAAUAAAGCAGUCCUUCAUUCAUUCAUGAGGAUUCUAGCUGCAUUGAUGAAGUAUAAUUGUGAUUGGUUUGUGGCCAGUUUGAUUGGCUGAGUUUUCCUUGAGCUCUGUGAGCAGUUCUUUAAAUGGUCAUGGCGAAGACAACCGAGUCCCUUAAUCUGUCCUUCCUCCUGGAGCACGAAAGACAGAUGAUCCUCAGUGUUCUCCAGAAAGACGAGAAGCUCAGGAAACGAGAGGAGAAACGCAUCAGGAAGCUGAAAAAUGAACUUCUGGAACUGAAGCGAACCGGGCGGCGUAGUUCAGCUGAUCAGCGCGAGUGUGCCGUAUGUCUGCGUGCUCUGGGUCUCAUCCUGCAGAGGGGUAAUGUGUGUACCAAUUGUCAUCGGCGCAUCUGCAACUUCUGCACUGCUACGCCUCCAGGCAGCAACUGCAAAUGUACCGUGUGUGCGAAGACUGCGGAGCUGAAGGUGGUUACAGGAGAAUGGUUUCUGGAAGAGAGAUCCAAGAGGUUUCAACAUGCCAGUGUACCCAGCAGUGAUGUAGUCAAACAGUCAAUCCUCAGCAAUCCUCCAGAUGGUGGCUCUGCUCACAGACCAUCAGAGAUGGAGAGAUCAUCCACACCACAGUAUGAGAGAUCGCCUACACCUCAAUUCCAGAAAGGCACAGGGAAGAACAGGAAAGGUGUCUGUUUUAGGAAGAGAACAGUUGCAGUGGAACCAUCAGGGUUACCAGCAGUACCCAAUAACAUGAGAACACAAAUGGUCAAAACACCAACCCAGACAGAGGCAAGAAACAGGCCGGAUGGGGCAGAGAGCGUGUCUAGUAUACAAAGCAGUGACAGUGUUUCUGAAAAGAUGGCGGAUGGGCGGAGACAAAUAGAUUGCAGCACACCCUCUAUCGCGAUAUCCAGAGCCUCCCUCUCAUCAGAUCGCAGUCGCUCUGAGGUGGACCUCAGUAAUCCUGGAGAGGGCUUCAGUGAAGAUCCCCUGAUUAGUCGAUGCCGCUCAGUUCCAGGACUGAACGAUGGGGACUCGGAUGAGGACAUUGAUGCGGUGUUAUCAGCACACUAUAAAACCAACCGGAGUGUCUGCAGCGCGCAAUCAAUGUCUUCCACACCUGCCUCGGAGAGAAAGUGGGGUUUCCUUAAUGUACCUGACUCAGAUGCUGACACUACCAGCAUCAACAGUAUGAUGAGCGUGUACAGUGAGACGGGCGACUAUGGCAAUGUGCGGGUUUCCGGGGAGAUCCUGCUCAACAUCUCCUACAGCUAUAAAACAGGGGCACUCAACGUGCUCGUCCGCGAGUGCCGCUGCCUAGCAACCGGGGAUGAGAGGAGACAGCGCACGGAUGCCUAUGUUAAAACAUAUCUUCUGCCAGACAAGUCCCGUCAAAGCAAGCGGAAAACCAGCAUCAAAAGCAACACCACUAACCCAGUGUUCAAUGAAAAUCUGAGGUAUGUAGUCAGUCACUCUCAGCUGGAGACACGCACACUGCAGGUUUCUGUGUGGCAUCACGAUCGUUUUGGACACAACAACUUCCUGGGGGAGACGGAGCUGACCUUUGACUCCUGGGAGUUUGACACGCAGAUAGAGGAGUGGUUCUCUCUACAGCCUAGGAGUGAGUCUUAUGUGGACGCAGUGAUGCACUAUAAAGGGGAACUUACAGUGGUUUUGAAGUACAUUCCUGCAGAGAGAAAUGUCUCACUGCCUCUGGACCAAGUGCAAGUGAAAAAGGGAUUUCUUAAGGGAAAGAAGAAAACCAUCACACUUCCUAAAGGAGGAAUGGUGGAGCUGCUGGUAAAAGAGGCAAAAAACCUGACGGCCGUCAAAGGAGGGUCCUCUGACCCAUUCGUCAAAGGAUACCUACUGCCUGAUGACAAGAAAAGCACAAAGCACAAGACCGCGGUGGUGAAACGUACCGUGAACCCACGCUGGAAUCACACCUUCACAUACUGCGGCCUGCAGCACAGCGAUCUGGACAGCGUGUGUCUGGAGCUGACGGUGUGGGACAGAGAACCGCUCGCCAGCAACGUCUUCCUGGGUGGUGUGCGGCUCGGGGCAGGGACAGGUCUGAGUUAUGGAAAAGAAGUAGAUUGGAACGAUUCCUACGGCGAGGAGCAACGGCUAUGGCAACGCAUGAUUGACAACCCUGAAGUCCCACAAGAGUGCACACUGAUGCUGCGAUCCAGCAUGGCCAAGAGGAAGACAUAGAGAGAAUGCGGGACAAUUUCCUUGGCAAUACGCAUCAAAUCUGAUCACCUCUAGACACUUUAAAAUGCUCUUUAUGUUCUUUUGCAGUACUCUCACUAACCAGAUUUUCAUUCCAACGUGCAUAUGCUCUCUAAAUUCUCAAAACACAUAUGUGGCAUACAUAUUCACACACAUAUAUGCCUCUAAGGUCCCAUUUACACCUGGUAUUAACAUGUUUCUCAAUUGUGACCACAUGGGAUUAGCAGGAACUCUAAUUUUAUGACUACAUAUAUCACUUAUGUCAGUGUGGAACUUCAAGUUGAUCAAGCACAAGGGAAGAGCAAAAAAUGGUACACAGUCUCUCCCAAAUAUAUUUAAAUUUUAAUCUAAGCAUUUUAAAAAUGUACGAAUUUUAAAAGUAAAGUUUCAAACUACAUUCACAGUUAUCUUAGUUGAGUAACUGCAUUAAGCAAUCCUCUGAAGAGUGUGCUUCAUGUUGAUAUCAGGCUUACUGAAGAAAUUUUUUAUUUGGACAGUUAAUUUUUAAGCUGCAUAGAGUUUUACUUUUUUGCAGCAGUAGAUGAUUGGCAGGUAUAGGUGGUCUUUCACUGACCUGACUUAAUUUAGCAUUGCAGAGACAAACCAGGUGUAAAUUUUGCAACACACGAGGACACCAACCCAGGUGUAAUUAUAUUUAUUUAACAUUUCAUUUUACAGUGUCCUUGUUACAUAUGUUACAUGUAUUUACUGUAGUAAUAACAGUAAAUUAUGCUUUACGUGCAACUAACCUAAACCUAUAGUAAGUGUGAUAAAAUUACUCGGUACUUAAAUGUAUAAUGACAUUGUAACAAGGACACCUUGAACUGAAGUAUAACCUUAUAUUUCAAAACACUCACAUUGGUCAUUACUGUGAAUCGCACAUGAGUACUAUUUAAAAAGAGCACAGUGAACAUUAUCGAAAAAGGUCACAGCUGUCCUUAAACGAACAAAGCACAAAGCACUUCCUCCAUACACGCACACACAAGAAAAAAAUGAAUCCAAUUUGCACAAAUAUCAGCUGCACAUAAUGCUUGCACACAUGGCGGACUAAUUGAGAACAAUGUACUGGAUGUGAUCAAUCAUUUCUAUGAGCACAUUAAUAUAGACAUGCACAAAAGAUAUUACGAUAAUCAUGUCAGAUCUGUCAAGACUCUAUUACAUGUAAAUUUGGCUUAAGAGAGACUGAUGCUGACAGUUAAAUUUCAUAGCUAGUUUUACCACAGUUAGAAUGUGAAAACAGGUGUGACAUAAAAAAGAAUAUCUGGGAACAAUGUGGUUCAUUACCUUCAACUAGAUUUACAGUUCCUCUAAGAAAUUCCAGUGUUUUUGGUAAAAUGAUAAACCCAAAUGUAAAGUAGAUAAAGUAGAUUACAUUUCUAUUAAGACAUCAUUAAGCCUGUUUUCUAAAGACUAGUCACAAUUCAGCAUGCAAAUAAUACAAUGACAUCAUUGUUGUUAGGUAGAUUCCCCCCUCUGUCACUGUUGUAUUGCACAGGAAAGCCUUACCCCAAAGGAGAAAGUAGUUUAGCAUUGAGGAAAUUACACACUGCACAAAUGCAUGAUGUUUAUCAUAACCAAAAAUACAAAGAAAACCGGUGGUAUGAGGUUCUUUUUGGAUAGAAAAAGAAAAAAGAGGGAUUGUAGUACACAAAAAACACAUACAUAUGCUAACAUGUUGUAUAAGCACAAUGCCUACAGCCCCUAUAUUGAGUUUUGAGGCUAGAUUAAUUCCCCCGUUGAUCCAUUUGAGCCGUCAUGUCACUGUGAGGUCUCCAUGAAGAAUGUGUACACCCCCUUUAUGUCUAAUACUCUUGUUAGCAUCAGUCAAGUGAAUAGACCUUAUAUCACACCUUAUAAUAAAUUGAGAGAUUUUGUGGCAUGUAUAAGGCUUUAUCAAUGUCCAAGUGUUCACAUGUCUGAUAUUGUCUGAAGCUGUUUGAUUCACAGCAUGUUCAGUGUACGUGUGCUGUUUCCACUCUCUCAUCAGGAAGACAGUGUUUAGGACUGUUCUGUACUGUACUUUAUCAUGUUCGGAAAGAGAAUAAACUAUUAUUAAACAAC